GCGGGGGAGGAGUGUGACGACAACGAGCAGGAGAGGAGGGCGGCCGAGGGGGGAGGUGAUGAUAGUGACAGUGAUUCACAGGACAUGGACGUGCGGCAAGAGGCGGAGCGCGCCAGGGGAAAGAUGAGGGGGGAGAAGGCCGUUGCCGAGGACAGCACCCUGGACGAGCACGACGAUGACGACGACGAUCAGGGUGCAGACCUUGGGGCGUCUCUUGAUGGGGGUCUGAUGGUCGCUGGCCGUCGAGGCCAAGAGGGGGCUGCGAAAGCGAUGAAGGACGUCGUGCAGUCGAAGAAGAGAAAGAGGAAGGCAACGACACCAGCUCCUCUUCUGCCGAAGAAGGGCAAAGUCCUUCGACAGACUUCCAUGAUAGAGACCUUCAAUCCGGCGUGGCAACGAGAUUUUACGAACGAGUUCCUGCAGUGGUGGUACGUGAGCGGGAUUCCAUUCGAGGUGGCGAGGAGGCCGGAGUACCAGCGAGUGAGGAAGCGGUUGCUCGAGUUGCCCACGCACCGUCUCAUUUCCGGCGACGGUAUUCCACAGCAGCAGCGAGUUGUGGCGGAGAUGGUGGCGGCUGUCCUCAAGGACAUUGCAGCGACGGGAGCGAGCAUCCUAAAGGAUGGUCGCAAGUCCAUCACUAGCGACCAGAUCGUCAACUUCCUUGCCGCUGGGCCCACGGGAGCCUACCUUUUCCGGACUGUGCAGCGCGAUGGUGCUGUCCGGGAGACGGCCGAGGUGGUGGUGGAGCGAUGGAAGGACGUGUUCGACAACUUCGGUGUCGAAAACGUCAACGCCAUUUGCACGGAUUCUGCGUCCGCGUAUGUGGCUGCAUCCAAGGUCCUGGCGAAGGAGGAGGUAGAGUACAGUCGCAUUACUUGGCUUCCGUGUGCGGUGCAUGUCUGCAACUUGUUGUUGUCAGACAUUGCGAAGGACGGCACCCCCGGGAAGCUUGGGAAGAGGGAGGACACCAUCAUCAGGGCUCGAGCAGUCGUGCGGUUCAUCAGAGAGCACGGGGCGGCUCUCAGCCUUUACCGACGGUUCUCUACCGCCCACCCCUCUUCCGCCUCCGCAGUUGCGGCCAGUUCCAGCGUUGCGCCACCCUCGUCUCAGCGGCGAGGCAGAGAGCUUGUGUACCCCGCACAGACGAGGUUUGCUACCCACUACUUGAUGCUGGAGAGGUUGUUGGAUCGUCGCCGAGCGUUGGAGGCGUUGAUGAUAAGCGACGACUGGUUGCGGACUGCAUGGAGGAGGUCCAUUUUCUUGCAGCCCAGGUGGGUGCGUCAUCAGGUGCGGUACGCGCCAUUUUGGGAGCACGUCGUGGAGCUCAUGAUGCCUGUGAUGCAGCUGUUAAGCCGUCUGGACAGAGGGGGGCGCGUGAUGACUCGCAUGUGGUCGUGGGCACUUGCCAUGAUCGACAGGGUGGCGAGGGCGAGACUGAACAGGACGUCGAGGGAGAAGCUCAACAUCGUUGUUCAGGCUUGUCAGGCGCGGGCCGAUCAUAUGUUGGAGCCCGCACAUUGCAUCGCCCAUCUCCUCAACCCUCGCCACAGGAGCAUUACAUAUUUUGGAGCGGCGAGGCGCAGCGAGCACGACAAGACACUCGCAGAGGAGUCACUUCGAUACCUUCGCCAGCAGACUGGCGUAGAUGAGGACUUGUAUCGGACGCUACGCACGCAGUUGGCUGAGUUUCUUAGCCGGGAGGGCGAUUGGACGUACGGAAGGGUUGAGGGUGACAGGGACGUGGCCUCCUGCAGAGGGGAGAAGGAGACGUCGCAGCGCGAGCGGCAGGUGCAGCGCGGGCGGAAGGAUCGCCUUUCCAUGGCUCCGCCCAACGUCGAGACAUAUUUCGGUCGUCGCGCCACGGUGCUCAUGCCGACUGAGUUGGACACCGUGUACGAUCCCGAGCCGGAUCCUAUGGCUCAGGACCAGAUGGAGGCGGAGCCGUGGUCCGAUCCAGACGACCUGGCAGUGAAGCCUGAGCCCGGAGAUUCUGAUGAUGGUGGUGACGAUGUUUCUCUCGCCGAGAUGUUGCGUCCUCGGACGCGUGCUUCCACUGCAUCCGCUGCGCAGGAUCCACCUCCCCCUCCACCUCCGCCCCCGAGUGCGCGUGCUUCCACUGCAGCCGCUGCGCAGCAUCCCCCUCCACCUCCACCUCCGCCUUCGAGUGGUCGUGCUCCCACAGGGGCCGUUGCGCAGCAUGCCCCUCUACCUACAGAUCGUCCAGGACAUGGCGAGCAGGGGACUUGCGAGAUUGUUGACGAGCGAGACGACGAUGACGACGAUGAUAGAGAGGGGUACGAGGGCAGCAGUGAGGACGAGGAUGAUCCCGCCUAUUCCCCGAGACGCGGACGUGGUGACGACGACGACGACGACGACGAGGGCGGCGAUGGUACACAGGCUGCAGGUGGUUUGCGGAGGUCGCAUCGACAUCGUGCCGACCGAUGCAGUGGUGCAGGCAGGGGUGUUGGGGGCCCAGGACACACAGGGGGUGCGGGCCGUGGUGGCGGAGGACGGGUGAGGCGAGAGUCUGCAUCCUCCACUCGCACUGUGCACUGGGUUGAUGAGGGUGCCGCGACAGGAGAGGUUGGCGCCGGGUCGGCAGAGUUUGCUGCUGCGUCAGCAGAGGCCGCUGCAGAGGCCGCUCCCUCCGCUGGAGAGUUCGCAGCGGCGUCUGAGGAGGUCGCAGGGGGCUGUGCAGAGGUUGCUGGCGAGGUUGCGCAGGUAGGGAGGGCUUCUGCGCAGUGGGGUGUCAGUUUCAGUCGUAUUCUUGAUGUUUCGCUGGGGCUUCCUCCGACACUGGCAGGCGAGCGUGGCAGUGGUGACGCAGCGGCUAUGCCCAUCAGUCAGAUACUCCGGGAUGUACCUUCAUGCAACAUGGGUGACAUCAAUAGCAGCAUAUUGCAGGAGGCAGCAGCGGGGACACAGGGUUCGUCGGGGCAGGAGGAGUGUGCAGCAGGGGACGGUGGGGAUUGUCGACCUGAGCAGGAGCGAGCACCAAAGUCGAAGCAGGACAGGAUUGAUCGCAAGGAGAGGGAGAGGGCGAACGACUUGGCUAGCCGUUGCGAGAUGACACAGAGUAUUGCGUCGAGGGCACGGGCACAGCGGAUGCUCGAGACGGGCGGUGGUGAGGGUCAUCGUUGGACGGACGAUGCAGGAGAGAGACCCGCGUCGCCGGUUCAGGGUGUUUGUAUAUUGCCUAUCGGUGGAGCCAUGACGGCGGGGGAGUUGGAGCUGCAGGUACGAGAGGACCUAUUGCAGGCAGAUCGGCGCGGACGGAUGGACGAGGCGUCGAGGAGGUUAAUGGCAGAGGGCCCAGCUUACGUUCCCUGCAGCCCAUCACUGCCAUCGUCCACCACUAGUGCCACUACCUCCGUACAUGCUGAGGGUCCAGUCACGGGACGGAUUACCGCACCGGCACCUGCAGAGUCUCCUUCUCCCAAAUCACGGAAGAAGAAGAUGAGAGCAGGUAAGAGUCUCAGUACUGUGAGGAGGGUGACGCAUGCGAUGCGGGAGACUCAGCCCGGGCUGGCCUGUUUACAUCCGCGGACUCGGGAGGCAUUGGCCCUGGACGUUGUCACGGAGACAGUAGGUUGGCGGGAGAGGGGCUCCAGUCGGGCGACGGAGCAGCCCAUCAUAGCACCUACUGAGGCGGAGAUGCCAUGUACUGGGGGGCGCACAGCAGGUAGGGGGGAGGAGGCGGAGCACAGCGCCCCCCCCGGGAGGAGCAUGGCCGGACGUAUAUUGGAGGAGGAUGUGAGGACGGUGCGUGCACAGCGACCGUCACAGGCAGGAGUUGUUUUGGAGUCCGGUACCGAUGAUUUGGAGAUGCCUCGUGGCCAGCGGAGGAGGGCUUCCGUGUACGACCUUCUUCGAGCACAGCACGGGGUUGACGCGGCGCUACAGGGGGGGUUCAUGCUCCGGAUACUGCGCACGGGCCGGUAGGCGGCACAGGUGGCGACGAAGGUGUCAGAGGUGCGGUGCUGCAAAGGAGGAGGAAGGACAUUGUGGACGACGAUGAUGUUUAGUCCCACCAUUAGUCCUCUUUCAUCCUGUAUUUCUUAGUAGUGUAUAUUAUACUUAGUGCUUCGGAUGACGUGAUGUGUUCAUAGGUGUAGUGUUUAUUAGAUUUGUAUUUGUACAGAUGGUUAGACUACUGCACAUUUGUCCAUAUACAGGUGCAGUAGGUGCAGAUUGUUGUUUUUUUUUCGUUUUUUUUUUGCAUCGAUGUUUUAGAGGAUUGCACUCUAUAUUCAGACAUGGCCGCAGCAUCUACAUCGCUUGCAUUGUUUUUGUUUUCCUUCUACAAUACACAUUUCGUUAAAAGUGAACCUUUUGAUUGUUCACUUUUUGUAACAAAGCCAGAAUUCAUGU